AUGAAGUUAUAUGUGUUUCUGGUCAACACCGGAACUACUCUAACAUUUGACACUGAACUUACAGUGCAAACUGUGGCAGAUCUUAAGCACGCCAUUCAAAGCAAAUACAAGAUUGCUAUUCAGCACCAGGUGCUGGUGGUCAGUGGAGGAGAAUGCAUGGCUGCAGAUGGAAGAGUAUGCACCUACAGGGCUAGGAUGGACACAAAUCCAAUUUUUCUUUUUAACAAAGAAAUGAUCUUAAGUGAUUGUCCACCAGCUAUUCCUAAAACUACAUUUUCAACAGUAAACGACAUGGAAAUAAAAGUUGAAGAGUCUCUUAUGCCUGCAGUUUUUCACACUGUUGCUUCAAGGACACAANCCAUAUACGAAAUGUAUGAAGUUACCAAGACUUCUUUUUGUGAAGGUCUUGUCCAUGAUGAACAUCUUCAACACCAAGGCUGGGCUGCAAUCAUGGCCAACCUGGAGGACUGUUCAAAUUCAUACCAAAAGCUACUUUUCAAGUUUGAAAGUAUUUAUUCAAAUUAUCUGCAAUCCAUAGAAGACAUCAAGUUAAAACUUACUCAUUUAGGAACUGCGGUUUCAGUAAUGGCCAAGCCUCCACUGUUGGAGUGUCUAACCACACCCAAUUACAGGGAGUGUUUGGGAAGACUGGAUUCUUUACUUGAACAUGAAGCAGAGAAGGCUGAAAUGAAAAGACCCGCUGAACUGGUGCUCUCUCCUGAGAGGCCUACAACAACUAACAAAUCCUUGUUAACUUCAUUUCACAUGUCAGUGGAACAUGUAGCCCCAGAUGCUGAAAGAAGCAAAGAAAGUAGGGAGUCUUGUCAGAGUACUGUCCAGCAGGACGAUACUUCAGCAGACACUAAAGACAGUGAUCUGCCCUUUUUCAAUGUUUCUUUGUUAGAGUGGAUAAAUGUUCAAGAUAGACCUAAUGAUACGGAAUCUUUGGUUAGAAAGUGCUUUGAUUCUAUGAGCAGGCUUGACUUAUGGAUUAUUCGACCAUUUAUAGCAGAAUGCUGUCAAACUAUUGCCAAACUUGGUAAUCAGAAUAUGAAAGCCAUUAAAGGGCUCGAAGAUCAGCUGUACACCCUGGACCACUGUAGCCGGCUGGGGAAUGAACAGAAAGAGCUCAUUCAGGGAUUUUUAGCUAAUCAGAUGAGAGCUGAAAACUUGAAGGAUGAGUCUGUAUUACCUGAUUUAUGCCUGAGUCAUGCAAAUCAGUUGAUGAUUAUGUUGCAAAAUCAAAGAAAAUUGUUGGAUAUUAAACAGAAGUGUACCACUGCCAAACAAGAGCUAGCAAAUAAUCUACAUGUCAGACUGAAGUGGUGUUGCUUUGUAAUCCUUCAGGCUGAUCAAGAUGGAGAGAAAUUGCAAGCUUUGCUCCGCCUUAUAAUAGAGCUGUUAGAAAGAGUCAAAAUUGUUGAAGCUCAGAUGUACUGCUUAGCUGUUGUUGAGGUUGUAAGGAGAAAAAUGUUCAUAAAACACUACAGAGAACUAUGUUGGCCGGCGGCAGACCCGACAGUCAAAGAUGGAAAACGAUUAUAUGAAGUGGAAAAGUCAAAAAGGGAAUCCUUUGGGAAAUUAUUUAGUAAGUCUCACUCUUCCUACUAG